AUGGAUUUGGGGCUUAUUUCUCCAUUAUCAAUACCCCAGCCGGAUUCCAACGACUCCGCUAUACCUCGAGUGAUUGAGAAAGCUUUUCUUGAUGUUGGACUCGGAGCGCGCCUGCUUACAAGAACACGUGUUCCAAUCAUCAAGCUUUGUGAGAAGCCUCCAGAAAAACUCCUACAUGAUCUACGUGAGGAGCGAUUGAAGUGGGAGAAAGGUCUAGAUGAUGAUGCAGCAGCCGAGGAGGAAGAUAGACACGAAGACGUGACCGACGGUCUGACGCGUCAGACAGAUCCUGCCGACAGCAAUAAUGCAGGUCAUAGCUCGAAGUUAUCUGAUGCUGGUGGACUUCCUGGAAGUGAAAAGUACCAGCAAUCAUUAGACAAUUUUAAGCAAGGCGCCAACGUUCACCUACUUGGCUACUACAACAUGGCAAAACGACUCCUGAGGAAGCUGGGCGGUAGGGAUAUCAGUCACUCAACCGCCGCCGACUUCAGCGCAGAGGAUUUCAAGAUACUCAAUGAUGUCUGCCAUGCCUUUCUGCGAGGUCUCGCGGAUGACGCGUUGAGGACUAGCCUGGAAAGCUACGUAUCUUUGACCUUUGAACGGUCACCCAGCACCAACAUGCCAUCAAACCGUUCUCUAGCCGGGGUUUUCACCCAGAUGGAAGGCGAGAGGCUUGCUUUGAUGUGGGAAUGUCGUCAUAUACAUGAAAAGGAUGAUCACCAAGAAGGUCUCGCUCAGAAGAGGAUUGACUUCUGGAAAGACGUACAGAACAAGCUCACAUUUGGCUUAGACCCCUUGGCCUACAACAGGGAGCUCCAAUUAGCUGCAGACCAGCUGAAGAGAAUUCCGUCGAUUGAAUUAAUGCUCCUUGAGCAAGCGCAGUACGAAACAGCAUCACAGUAUCACAGCAGGGCAAUAAAGCUCAUGCUUGAUCUUGGUGGUCAUGACUCUGCAUCUCCGUCAAAUGAGAUACUUUCCGCAGUAAUACGACACUACAUAGCAGGCAUUUCGCACGAGGACAUAAGGGAGCAAGUCACGGCGUUUGCAGAAUCUCUCGGAAAUCUCAGUCUCAAGGCUGUCGCAAGGAGGCACAAAUCCCUCCAACUUGCCAAGGAAUUUGACAAGGCAUUGGAAAAAGACUUGUACGCUGAAGAAGAUGCCACCGCCAUCAAAGCAUAUCUGCCGCUUCUGCGGAGCCCCAUGAAACCGACAGACAAGAUGGGAGAGUAUUUCGACUUCGUCAUACCCGUUACCGCGGAGUUAUCCCACCUGUUAGCAAAGAUUAACACUUUGUCCGACCCGGCAAAGCUGGCUCCUAAUCAGCCACGAGAUCCGUACAAAGAUCGUCUGGAGUUCCCGAAGUCUGGAGUUGGAGUACAAUGUGAUAUCAACUUCUCCGCACAUCUAGCACUGCACAAUACCCUUCUUCUUCGGUGCUACUCGCACACAGAUCCUCGAGUCAGACCACUAGUAUUGUUUGUAAAACAUUGGGCCAAAGUGCGUGGCAUCAACACUCCUUACAGGGGUACGCUUAGCAGUUAUGGAUAUGUACUCAUGAUGCUGCAUUACCUUGUCAACGUCGCCCAGCCUUUUGUGUGUCCGAAUCUCCAAGCGAUAGCACCUCCACCCGAUCCAAAUCUCCCACCGGAAAUUGUCGAAGAGACAAUGGUCUGCAAAGGUAGAAACGUUCAGUUCUGGAGGGACGAGGAUGCGAUCAAAAACCUGGCACGACAGGGCAGCCUUACGCAGAACCAGGACUCUAUUGGAUAUCUCAUUCGCGGCUUCUUCGAAUACUUCGCACAGAGCAACAUGAUGAGUACUAUCCAGAUACGUGGAUUUGAUUGGGGUCGAGAUGUGCUGAGUAUUCGAACACAUGGUGGGCUCCUGAGCAAGCAAGAAAAGGGAUGGACUGGUGCGAAGACCGUGUUCGAGGUCCAGAAUAAGGGUGCUCCACCGCCAGCUUCGGAGCCGCAUCUAAUGCAAGCAAACCCUCAGACUCCAAUAGAGUCAAGUACACCCACCCCGACGACCACUCCCUCGCAGCCGCUUCCGUCACCUGGCGAACCUCCCAAGUCGUCACAUGACAAGUCUAAAGGGGGCGAGGUGAAGGAGAUUCGGCACAGAUAUUUGUUUGCCAUUGAAGAUCCUUUCGAGCUGGACCACAAUGUGGCGCGGACGGUCACACAUAAUGGAAUUGUCGCCAUAAGAGACGAGUUCCGCAGAGCAUGGAGAAUCAUUAGAAAUGCAGGCCGAAAUGUGGUACCUGAGGAUUUGCUCGAGGAUGUGACGGCGGACAAGAAGCGAGAACGCGAUUCUUUCUCCGAGCUCCUCGUUGAGAUUCACGGGAACAAGCUUUUCGACGAGUGA